UGCUGCGCGGCGGAGUGUCGUGGACCUCAUGUAGAAAUGACAACAAUGGAAGGGGCCAGCGGGUCGAGUUUUGGAAUAGACACGAUUUUGUCCAGUGCCAGUUUGGGCAGCCCCGGCAUGAUGAAUGGAGAUUUCCGCCCGCUCGGCGAGGCCAGGACUGCGGAUUUUAGGGGUCAGGCCACCCCGUCCCCUUGUUCGGAGAUCGAUACCGUAGGAACGGCGCCUUCUUCUCCCAUCUCGGUCACCUUGGAGCCCCCGGAGCCGCAUCUAGUCGCAGACGGGCCCCAGCACCACCACCACCUCCACCACAGCCAACAGCCGCCGCCGCCGCCAGCCGCGGCCCCGACGCAAAGUUUGCAGCCUUCGCCCCAACAGCAGCCGCCGCCGCAGCAGCAGCAGCCGCCGCCGCCUCCCCAGCAACUCGGCUCGGCCGCCUCGGUCCCCAGGACUUCCACCUCUUCUUUUUUAAUUAAGGACAUCUUGGGCGACAGUAAACCUCUGGCGGCGUGUGCACCCUACAGCACCAGCGUGUCCUCUCCGCAUCAUACCCCGAAGCAGGAGACCAAUGCAGCGCACGAGAGCUUCAGGCCAAAGCUGGAGCAGGAGGACAGCAAAACCAAACUCGACAAGCGGGAAGAGUCCCAGAGUGACAUCAAAUGCCACGGAACAAAGGAGGAAGGAGACCGGGAGAUUACGAGUAGCCGAGAGAGUCCCCCUGUGAGAGCCAAGAAGCCUCGAAAAGCCAGGACGGCUUUCUCUGACCACCAGCUCAAUCAACUGGAACGUAGCUUUGAGCGGCAGAAAUACCUGAGUGUGCAGGACCGCAUGGACCUGGCUGCCGCACUCAACCUCACUGAUACCCAGGUCAAGACCUGGUAUCAGAACCGCAGGACCAAGUGGAAGCGGCAGACCGCGGUGGGCCUGGAGCUGCUGGCCGAAGCGGGAAACUACUCGGCGCUGCAGAGGAUGUUUCCGUCGCCUUAUUUCUACCACCCAAGCCUGCUGGGCAGCAUGGACAGCACCACGGCGGCCGCCGCGGCCGCUGCCAUGUACAGCAGCAUGUACCGGACUCCUCCGGCGCCCCAUCCCCAGCUGCAGCGGCCCCUCGUGCCCCGCGUGCUCAUCCACGGCUUGGGGCCCGGGGGGCAGCCGGCCCUCAAUCCCUUGUCCAACCCUAUUCCGGGCACUCCGCAUCCCCGGUGAAGAGCGAGCAGCGACGCUGCAGGCCUCCUCCGCCCCGACCCGGACAGCUGUCCCUCCUCUUCCCGCACAAGGCCAAGGAGCUUCGCUCGCAGCUGACCCCGAGAGGCUAAGGAGUAAGAGAGGAAGACGCUCAGCAAGGGCAGGGGGGCCCCAAAGACGAGACGGCUCUCUGCUCUCCAUCUCCCCACCCCCGGAGGUGGGGCUGGAAAGCUCCCCCACAGCAGUGUGACUGGCAAAAACGCUGACCCCACACAAAGUGCGACCAGUAAGUGAAAACA